AUGUACAGUAAAGGGCGAGAAGUGCUCCUCAAUAUUGAUAGAACACUGGCCUCCCUGCGGGAAGGGGCCCGACAGGAGUCCCGCGGAGUAACAUUUGAAGAUCUUCUUCAAUUAACUAAAUCUCAACAAGAAGCGAAGGGGCGGGAACAGUCGUUAACGCAUCGCUCAUCGCAAGGAUUAAAUGUGUCGGAUGCGGCGAGAAUUAUGGCAACAUCAAAGUCCGUCGGUGUAGACAGUGAAAUGACGAGUGGGAUUCCACCAUGGUAUGAGGGCCAGUAUACACCAGCAGAGUCAUCCGUCAAUAAUAAUAAUCAUCAUCAUCAUCAUCUUAAUAACAACAACAACAACAGUAAGAAGAAGAUCAGUAAUAACACCAAGAACAAGAAACCCGAGGCUGUCACGAGAGAUAAAAAACAAAAUAGUAUAGAAAAGGAAGUAGAAGAGGAUGUAGCAGAGCGAGUCUCACAAGCGGAGCGUACACUCUAUCCACUUCUUCUUGCCGCUGUUGCCGAUUACUCCGUUGAACGUGAAGGUGCAGCGGUGGGCCAUAGUAGUAGUGAUUCCAACAACAACGUUGUGGUGGUGGAGUGGGAUGAACACGGGGCACCGCGCCGGCUGCGCAGCACGUGGAUUCCCAACACUCCACCGCCAACAUCAGCGAUAAGAGAAGUGCGGUCCGGCCCAAGUGAACGGGUGGAGAGUAGUAACAGUAACAGCCAUAGUAAUAGUAGUAAAAGAAAUGAACGUCUUGCAGUAACAGCAGAACGUACGAAAACGAUAUCGAUGGGAUCCACUACAAAACCAUUAGAUUUCAAUGAGGCUUGUAAUCAAUUGUAUGAGUAUAACCCUAAACAUAAUCCAUUAAAGUCUAUUGUACUUGGAUCACAAGAUAAUUUCAAAGAAAGUCAUUCUCUUCACUCACGUGGACAUGGUAUAAGAAGUACCCGAGGAAAUAUUACGAAUGGUCGUAGGACUAGUACUAGUAGUGGUACUGGUAGUACUGGUAGUGGUAAUACCAAUAGAAAUAAAAAACCACAACUAUCCACAGAAGGUAUUGUUAUUCCUGAAAGCAGUGCAAGUGGAUUGGCAAAAAAAAUACGACGUGCCGUAUUAGAACAGCAACAAAUGAAUAUGCAUGAAGAUGAUGAAAAAAGAAACUCCAGUCGAGUUAGUUUAGAACGCAAGGGUGACAUUGGUGAAGGUAUCCCAAUUCCCAUAACUCCAUCUGAACAAGAAGAGGAAGUUGUAUUUUUUACUGAAGUUGUUAUGCCUGUAACGGCGUUCUUCUGCAGUGGCUGCUCUGCCUGCACCCCACGUGAUGUUUCUACCGGUUUACCAGACAAGUGUCCAUCGUGCGGUGAGGCCUUUGGAGAAAUGCCAGAGACACUGCAGUCCGCCGCCACUCCACAGGGGCCGGUGGAAAAGAAUGAACAGAAUAGUAAAAAACGAACAACCUCAACAGCUACGGCUACUACGGGUACUACUACUGAUACUAAUACUGUUAAUAUUGCUACGGGUACUACUACUAUUACUAAUGAUGCGGGCACCAGUACUUUGGAUGAUAAUGGCAAUGCUGAUGCUGUUGAGACUCGGGUAGGCACAUCCUCUAAUUUGCUGUCUCUUGAUGAAACCGUGCAUGGAUUGUACUUUUUGCAUCUAUGGGAUCAGAUUGCUUCCGGGGUUUGA